AUAGCACAUACACUAUAUUGCCAAAAGCAUUGGGACACCUCUCCAAAUCAUUGGAUUCAGGUGUUCCAAUCACCUCCAUGGCCACAGGUGUAUAAAAUCAAGCACCUAGGCAAGCAGACUGCUUCUACAAACAUUUGUGAAAGAAUGGGUCACUCUCAGGAGCUCAGUGAAUUCAAGCGUGGUACUGUGAUAGGUUGCCACCUGUGCAAUAAGUCCAUCUGUGAAAUUUUCUUAAAUAUUCCACGGUAAACUGUUAGUGGUAUUAUAACAAAGUGGAUGCAAGUGGGAACAACAGCAACUCAACCACAAAGUGGUAGGCCACGUAAAAUGACAGAGUGGGGUCAGCGCAUGCUGAAGUACAGUGCACAGAAGUUGCCAACUGUCUGCAGAGUCAAUAGCUAAAGACCUGCAAACUUCAUGUGGUCUUCAAAUUAACAAAACAGUACAUAGAGAGCUUCAUGGAAUGGGUUUCCAUGGCCGAGCAGCUGCAUCCAAACCUUACAUCACCAAGUACAAUGCAAAGCGUUGGGUGCAGUGGUGUAAAGCACACUGCCAUUGGACAUGAGAACUGUACUUGCCUGACUGUAUUGUGCCAGGUGUAAAGUUU